GUGUUUAUAGGCCCGAGUGCGAGCGAGCACCGCGGAGGCCGCGUCUGGGUGGUGGCGGCCUGCGGUGGGCUCUGGCAGCCCCGCAGGUUGUCCCCGGCGGGCCUCGGCCUGCCGCGCUUUCGGGGGGCCGCUGGGCCGGAAGCUGGGGGGGACCGGCCUGGCCGCCGCUCCCGCAGCACCUCCCGAGCCCGGGAGCCCAAGUCUCGCGGGAAGGGAGCGGCCUCCGUGCGUGCUGUGCGGCGCCGCCGGCCGGGCAGGAUGGGCCGGGCGCGGGGCGCAGGGGGCGCCCCCCGGGCCAUCAGGCCGCGCCGCGGGUGCCAGCUGUCCUGAGCGCCGCCCCUCCCUUUGUGUGCACAGUUCGUCAAGUUGUCUGCGGCCGAGGCCCGCGAGGGCCGCGCGUGUGCUCGAUGCCUGUGACGGGCGGCCCCUGAGCGGAUGACAGGGCCCCCCUGCUGACCCUUGUGCUGACCAAGAGCGUGGCUCGGGCCCAGAGCCUGCCCAGACCCCUGCUGCCAUGUCGGGAUCCACGCAGCCUGUGGCACAGACCUGGAGGGCCACUGAGCCCCGCUACCCGCCCCAUGGCAUCUCCUACCCGGUGCAGAUUGCCCGGCCCCACACGGAUGUGGGGCUGCUGGAGUACCAGCACCACCCCCGGGACUAUGCUUCGCACCUGUCACCCAACUCUAUCAUCCAGCCCCAGCGGCGGAGGCCCUCGCUGUUGUCUGAAUUCCAACCCGGGAAUGAACGGUCCCAGGAGCUGCACCUGAGGCCCGAGUCCCACUCCUACCUGCCUGAGCUGGGCAAGACUGACCUGGAGUACAUGGAGAGCAAGCGACCGCGCCUGGAGCUGAUGCCUGACCCCCUGCUGCGCCCGUCCCCACUGCUGGCCACAGGCCAGCCCUGUGCUUCCGAGGAUCUCACCAAGGACCGCAGCCUGGCAGGCAAGCUGGAGCCUGUGUCCCCGCCCAGCCCCCCACACACGGAUGCUGAGCUGGAGCUGGCGCCCCCUCGGCUGUCCAAGGAGGAGCUGAUCCAGAACAUGGACCGCGUGGACCGCGAGAUCACCAUGGUGGAGCAGCAGAUCUCCAAGCUGAAGAAGAAGCAGCAACAGCUGGAGGAGGAGGCCGCCAAGCCGCCUGAGCCUGAGAAGCCAGUGUCGCCGCCACCCAUCGAGUCCAAGCACCGCAGCCUGGUACAGAUCAUCUACGAUGAGAACCGGAAGAAGGCGGAGGCGGCCCAUCGGAUCCUGGAAGGCCUGGGGCCCCAGGUGGAGCUGCCCCUGUACAACCAGCCCUCGGACACCCGGCAGUACCACGAGAACAUCAAGAUAAACCAGGCCAUGCGCAAGAAGCUGAUCCUGUACUUCAAGCGGAGGAACCACGCGCGGAAGCAGUGGGAGCAGAAGUUCUGCCAGCGCUAUGACCAGCUCAUGGAGGCUUGGGAGAAGAAGGUGGAGCGCAUAGAGAACAACCCGCGGCGCCGUGCCAAGGAGAGCAAGGUGCGCGAGUACUACGAGAAGCAGUUCCCCGAGAUCCGCAAGCAGCGUGAGCUGCAGGAGCGCAUGCAGAGCAGGGUAGGGCAGCGGGGCAGUGGGCUCUCCAUGUCGGCCGCCCGCAGUGAGCACGAGGUGUCGGAGAUCAUUGACGGCCUGUCGGAGCAGGAGAACCUGGAGAAGCAGAUGCGGCAGCUGGCCGUGAUCCCGCCCAUGCUGUACGACGCCGACCAGCAGCGCAUCAAGUUCAUCAACAUGAACGGGCUCAUGGACGACCCCAUGAAGGUGUACAAGGACCGCCAGGUCAUGAACAUGUGGAGCGAGCAGGAGAAGGAGACCUUCCGGGAGAAAUUCAUGCAGCACCCCAAGAACUUUGGCCUGAUCGCCUCGUUCCUGGAGAGGAAGACAGUGGCCGAGUGCGUCCUCUACUACUACCUGACCAAGAAGAACGAGAACUACAAGAGCCUGGUGAGGCGGAGCUACCGGCGCCGCGGCAAGAGCCAGCAGCAGCAGCCCCCGCCGCCCCCGCGCAGCAGCCAGGAGGAAAAGGAGGAGAAGGAGAAGGAGGCCGAGAAGGAGGAGGAGAAGCCAGACGUGGAGAACGGCAAGGAGGAGCUCGUCAAGGAGAAGACGGACGACACCUCCGGGGAGGACAAUGAUGAGAGGGAGGCGGUGGCCUCCAAGGGCCGCAAAACCGCGAACAGCCAAGGCCGGCGCAAGGGCCGCAUCACACGCUCCAUGGCCAGCGAAGCCAACAGUGAUGAGGCCGCCACCCCGCAGCAGAGCGCCGAGCUGGCUUCUCUGGAGAUGAACGAAAGCUCGCGCUGGACGGAGGAGGAGAUGGAGACGGCCAAGAAAGGCCUCCUGGAGCACGGCCGGAACUGGUCGGCCAUCGCCCGCAUGGUGGGUUCCAAGACCGUGUCGCAGUGUAAGAACUUCUACUUCAACUACAAGAAGCGGCAGAACCUCGAUGACAUCCUGCAGCAGCACAAGCUGAAGAUGGAGAAGGAGAGGAACGCUCGGAGGAAGAAGAAGAAAGCGCCAGCCACGGCCAGCGAGGAGGCCUCCUUCCCACCCGUGGUGGAGGACGAGGAGAUGGAGGCCUCGGGUGCCAGUGGGAACGAGGAGGAGAUGGCUGAGGAGGUGGAAGCCUUGCCGGCCCCUGGGAGCGAGGUCCCCCGCGGGGAAUGCAGUGGCCCAGCCGCCGUGAACAACGGCUCCGACACGGAGAGCGUCCCCUCCCCGCGUGCCGCCGAUGUCGCCAAGGAGCCGGGGCCCAACGGACCCAAGCCCCUGCCCACCGCAGGCCCGGACGGGCCGCCCGCCCCGCCGCCCACGCCGCCACCGGACGAUGCCCCUGCUCCUGCGGAGUCUGCUGCAGGCCCUGAGGCCAGUGGCCACCCCACGUCCCCAGCAGCCCCCGCGUCGCCCGCCGUAGCCCCUGCUGUGGUCCCUAAGGAGGAGGAGGCGGCCGCUGGGGUGCCGCUGGCCGAGGACAGGGAGGAGCAGAAGCCGCCUGCGGCUGAGGAGCUGGCGGGGGCCUCGGUGAAGAUGGAGGAGCCCGGGGCCGCCCCCGGUGAGUCGGUCAAGAGCGAGUGCUCGCAGGAGGCAGCCGAGGGGGCCUUGGACAAGGGCAGGGAGGAUGACGCCGAGGUUGUGCCCGAGGGCCCGCUCAAGGCCGAGAAGAAGGAGGGCGCUGGUGGCAAAGCCCCGGCCGCCAAGGGCUCAGGCGCCCCCCAGGACAGCGAUUCCAGUGCCACUUGCAGCGCCGACGAGGUGGACGAAGCCGAGGGAGGUGACAAGAGCAGGCUGCUGUCCCCGAGGCCCAGCCUCCUUACCCCGACCAGCGACCCCAGGGCCAGCGCUUCACCGCAGAAACCGCUGGACCUGAAGCAGCUGAAGCAGCGGGCGGCCGCCAUCCCCCCGAUCGUCACCAAGGCCCACGAGCCCUGCCGGGAGGACGCGGCACCCCCUCAGCUGGCUCCCGCCCCGCAGGCUCCCGCCCAACACCUGCAGCCUGAGGGCGACGCCCCCCAGCAGCCGAGCAGCAGCCCCAGGGGCAAAAGCAGGAGCCCCGUGCCCCCUGCCGAGAAGGAGGCAGAGAAGCCCACAUUCCUCCCGGCCUUUGCGGCUGAGGGCCAGAAGCUGCCCGCAGAGCCACCGUGCUGGACGUCGGGCCUGCCCUUCCCCAUGGCCCCUCGCGAGGUGAUCAAGGCCUCCCCGCACGCCCCAGACGCCUCGGCCUUCUCCUACGCGCCCCCUGGUCACCCGCUACCCCUGGGCCUGCACGAUGGCGCCCGGCCCGGCCCGCCUCGCCCACCCACCAUCUCCAACCCACCGCCCCUCAUCUCCACCAGGCACCCUGGGGGCCUCGAGCGGCAGGCAGGUGCCAUGGCCCAGGGAGUGUCGGUCCAGCUGCACGUCCCCUACUCUGAGCAUGCCAAGGCUCCAGUGGGCCCCGUCACCAUGGGGCUGCCCCUCACCAUGGACCCCAAGAAGCUGGCACCCUUCAGUGGAGUGAAGCAGGAGCAGCUGUCCCCCCGGGCCCAGGCUGGGGCCCCUGAGAGCCUGGGCAUGCCCACAGCCCAGGAGACGUCCGUGCUGCGAGGGACGGCUCUGGGCCCCGUGCCCGGCGGGAGCAUCACCCGGGGCAUCCCCAGCACACGGGCGCCCCCCGAGAGCCCGGGCACCUACCGUGGCUCCAUCACCCACGGCACCCCGGCGGACGUGCUGUACAAGGGCACCAUCACCAGGAUCGUGGGUGAGGACAGCCCCAGCCGCCUGGACCGCACCCGCGAGGACGGGCUACCCAAGGGCCACGUCAUCUACGAGGGCAAGAAGGGCCAUGUGCUGUCCUACGAGGGUGCCAUGUCUGUGUCCCAGUGCGCCAAGGAGGACGGCAGGAGCAGCUCCGGGCCUGCCCACGAGCCCACGGCGCCCAAGCGCACCUACGACAUGAUGGAGGGCCGCGUUGGCCGGGCUGUCACCUCUGCCGGCAUUGAGGGUCUCAUGGGCCGCGCCAUCCCGCCUGAGCACCACAGCCCGCACCACCUUAAGGAGCAGCACCACCUGCGCGGCUCCAUCACGCAAGGGAUCCCGCGCUCCUACGUGGAGGCCCAGGAGGAUUACCUGCGGCGAGAGGCCAAGCUGCUGAAGCGGGAGGGCUCUCCACCGCCCCCGCCACCGCCGCGAGACCUGGCCGAGGCCUACAAGGGCCGGUCCCUGGACGCCCUGGGCCCCCUGAAGCUGAAGCCGGCGCACGAGGGCCUGGUGGCCACGGUGAAGGAGGCCGGCCGCUCCAUCCACGAGAUUCCACGCGAGGAGCUGCGGCGCACCCCCGAGCUGCCCCUGGCGCCACGGCCGCUCAAGGAGGGCUCUAUCACCCAGGGCACCCCGCUGAAGUACGACACUGGCGCAUCCUCCGCCGGCUCCAAGAAGCACGACGUUCGCUCCAUCAUCGGCAGCCCCGGCCGCACCUUCCCGCCUGUGCUCCCACUCGACGUGGUUGCGGACGCCCGGGCGCUGGAGCGCGCCUGCUACGAGGAGAGCCUCAAGGGCCGGCCGGGUGCUGCAGGGGGCUCCGGGGGCUCCAUCACCCGCGGGGCGCCCGUUGUGGUGCCCGAGCUGGGUAAACCGAGGCAGAGCCCUCUGACCUAUGAGGACCAUGCUGCACCCUUCGCCAGCCACCUGCCACGGGGCUCCCCUGUGACCACACGGGAGCCCACACCACGCCUGCAGGAGGCCAGCCUCCUGUCCAGUAAGACGUCGCAGGAUCGGAAGCUGACGUCAACGCCUCGUGAGGUCGCCAAGUCCCCACACAGCACGGUGCCCGAGCACCACCCGCACCCCAUCUCCCCCUACGAGCACCUGCUGCGUGGCGUGAGUGGCGUGGACCUCUACCGCAGCCACAUCCCGCUGGCCUUCGACCCCGCCACCAUCUCCCGUGGGAUCCCUCUGGAUGCAGCCGCCGCCUACUACCUGCCCCGGCACCUGGCCCCCAACCCCACGUACCCACACCUGUACCCGCCGUACCUCAUCCGCGGCUACCCCGACACGGCGGCGCUGGAGAACCGGCAGACCAUCAUCAACGACUACAUCACCUCACAGCAGAUGCACCACAACGCCACCACCGCCAUGGCCCAGCGCGCCGACGUGCUCCGCGGCCUGUCGCCCCGCGAGUCCUCCCUGGCACUCAGCUACGCCACCGGCCCUCGAGGCAUCAUUGACCUGUCCCAAGUGCCACACCUGCCUGUGCUGGUGCCCCCGACACCCAGUGCCCCUGCCGCUGCCGUGGACCGCCUCGCCUACCUCCCCGCCGCGCCCCAGCCCUUCGGCAGCCGCCACAGCAGCUCCCCGCUAUCCCCAGGAGGCCCCACGCACUUGACGAAACCCACCACCAUGUCCUCAUCGGAGCGGGAGCGGGAGCGGGACAAGUCCAUGCUCACGUCCACCACCACCACCGUGGAGCAUGCGCCCAUUUGGAGACCCGGUACGGAGCAGAGCAGUGGCAGUGGCAGCGGCGGGACGGGGAGCAGCAGCAGCCGCCCCGCCACGCACGCCCACACCCACCAGCACUCGCCCAUCUCGCCCCGGACCCAGGACGCCCUGCAGCAGAGGCCCAGCGUGCUGCACAACACCGGCGUGAAGGGCAUCAUCACUUCCGUGGAGCCCAGCACGCCCACGGUCCUGAGGUCCACCUCCACCUCCUCUCCCAUCCGCCUGGCCGCCACAUUCCCACCCACCACCCACUGCCCGCUGGGUAGCACCCUGGACGGGGUCUACCCCACCCUCAUGGAACCCGUCCUGCUGCCCAAGGAGGGCCCCCGGGUCGCCCGGACAGAGCGGCCGCGCGCGGACACCGGCCACGCCUUCCUCGCCAAGCCCCCGGCCCGGGAGCCCGCCUCCUCCCCCAGCAAGAGCUCCGAGCCCCGGCCCCUCGUGCCCCCCAGCUCCAGCCACGCGGCCAUCGCCCACACCCCGGCAAAGAGCCUCGCACCCCACCACGCCAGCCCGGACCCGCCGGCACCGCCCACCUCGGCCUCCGACCCGCACCGGGGAAAGACUCAAAGUAAACCCUUUUCCAUCCAGGAACUGGAACUCCGUUCUCUGGGUAAGACCACCCUGACAGCGGCCACCUUCAUAGACGCGAUAAUCAUGCGUCAAAUUGCCCACGAUAAGGGGCCGCGAGAAGGAGGUUCGCGGGCCGACGACUCCCCUCGCCAUGGUUACCAUGGCUACAGCCCCGAAGGGGUGGAGGCUGUCAGCCCAGUGAGCUCCCCCAGCCUGACCCAUGACAAGGGGCUCCCCAAGCACCUGGAGGAGCUGGACAAGGGCCACCUGGAGGGAGAGCUGCGGCACAAACAGCCAGGCUCUGGGAAGCUUGGAGGGGAAGCCACCCACCUCCCGCACCUGCGGCAGCUGCCCGAGAGCCAGCCAGCAUCCAGCCCGCUGCUUCAGACUGCCCCAGGGGUCAAAGGUCACCAGCGGGUGGUCACCCUGGCACAGCACAUCAGUGAGGUCAUCACGCAGGACUACACACGCCACCACCCGCAGCAACUCGGCGCGCCCCUGCCCGCCCCGCUCUACUCCUUCCCCGGAGCCAGCUGCCCGGUGCUGGACCUCCGCCGCCCACCCAGCGACCUCUACCUCCCACCCCCUGAGCACGGCACCCCGGCCCGCGGCUCCCCACACAGCGAGGGGGGCAAGAGGUCUCCAGAACCAAGCAAGGCGUUGGUCCUGGGCGGUGAGGAUGGCAUUGAGCCCGUGUCUCCGCCAGAGAGCGUGGCGGAGCCAGGGCACCCCCGGAGUGCCAUGUACCCGCUGCUGUACCGGGACGGCGAGCAGGCAGAGCCCAGGAUGGGCUCCAAGUCUCCAGGCAACACCAGCCAGCCGCCUGCCUUCUUCAGCAAGCUGACCGAGAGCAACUCUGCCAUGGUCAAGUCUAAGAAGCAGGAGAUCAACAAGAAGCUCAACACCCACAACCGAAACGAGCCGGAAUACAAUAUUGGCCAGCCUGGGACAGAGAUCUUCAACAUGCCAGCCAUCACCGGAGCAGGCCUUAUGACCUGUAGAAGCCAGGCGGUGCCGGAGCAUGCCAGCACCAACAUGGGGCUGGAGGCCAUAAUUAGAAAGGCGCUCAUGGGUAAAUAUGAUCAGUGGGAAGAGCCCCCGCCGCUCGGCGCCAAUGCUUUUAACCCUCUGAAUGCCAGUGCCAGCCUGCCCACGGCCGCUAUGCCCGUAACCGCUGCUGACGGACGGAGCGACCCCGCGCUCACCUCGCCAGGUGGCGGUGGGAAGGCCAAGGUCUCUGGCAGGCCCAGCAGCAGGAAAGCCAAGUCGCCAGCCCCGGGCCCGGCGUCCGGGGACCGGCCACCCUCGGUCUCCUCGGUGCACUCAGAGGGGGACUGCAGCCGCCGGACGCCGCUCACCAGCCGCGUGUGGGAGGACCGGCCCUCGUCCGCAGGCUCCACGCCAUUCCCCUACAACCCCCUGAUCAUGCGGCUGCAGGCGGGAGUCAUGGCCUCGCCGCCCCCGCCCGGCCUCCCCGCGGGCAGCGGGCCCCUCGCUGGGGUCCACCACGCCUGGGAGGAGGAGCCCAAGCCGCUGCUGUGCUCGCAGUACGAGACACUGUCCGACAGUGAGUGACCGCCGGCGCGGCCGGUGCCGGGUCCCAGCGCGCAGGAGCGCCCAGCGAGGAAGGAGCCCCGAGCCCGCCCACCCGUGCGUGCGUGCGUUCGUCCGUCCGUCCGUCCGUCCGUCCGGAGCCGGCAUCCUUGCCUGUCUAAAGCCUUAACUACGACUCCCACCCGGGCUGGCCCUGUGCAGUGACCUUUCUCAGGGGACGAUCACCUGGUGCUCGGGAGGGGAGGGGAGAGGAGGGCACGGCGGACGUGCAGCGGCCGCGUGCGGCCAGGGCGGCCAGGGACCCACAGCAGGACGACCACGCACCUCCACGCCACUGCCUCCCCUAACACAUUUGGAACCAAAGUCUAAUCCAAGCUAGCGGCCCCCGCGCCCUCCCUCUGCUCUGCCUCCCAUCCUGCUUAGUGCUCUGGACAGACGGACACAGGCCCCGUCCGGCCUCUGGGGCUCCCGUCGCGGCCUGCAGGCCGCCCCAGCCCAUGGGACUGCUGGAAGCCAGGUCAGGCUGGCCGGGCAGCCGCAGCGGGCAGACGCCGCGGACCGGGACGUUUCUCCGCACGCAGGCGGUGCCGUGGCUGCGGGAAGGAGAGGCGGGUGUACAUGGUGUAUUGGUUUACAGGGUAUAUUUUUGAUACCUUCAAUGAAUUAAUUCAGAUGUUUUACGCAAGGAAGGACUCACCCAGUAUUAUUGCUGCUCUGCUUCCCAUCCGCUUACCGUUCAGGGGCCGUGUGCGGCCGUCGGGCGGUGACCCCACCGAGGGGCCGGGGCCACCUGUUCGCGAGCCCUCCGCCUCCUCCCGCCCCCUUCCUUGGGCAGAAUGAGUUUGAUGCGUAUUCUGUGGCCGCCACCUGCGCACGGCGGUGGCGUUCUGUCAUUUACACACGUUGUUCUAAUUAAAAGCAAAUUAUACUCGA